GUGGAGACGUGACUAGAACUUGGUGAGGUCCAGUUGACUAAUGGCCAAUUAAAAGGAAUUCAUUUAGAAUCCCCGCAGCACCAACUUCUCUAAAACAUUUCUUCCCAGCCCGAAGCUGGAACAAGAUCACCCUAGAGCUGAGGAUUCUCAAAGAAGACCAAGCCCAAUGUCACCGAAACCGGAAGUACAGCCUUUCCCUUCUCUGCCAUUUCACUUCUUGCAAUUCUAUUUCCCUGCGCAGAGUCCCUUUAAGGAGAGAAGCCAGAAGGCAGAGAGCUCUUCCCCAUGGAGCUAAAGCAGGAAGGUUUAAAGGAGGCGCGUUUCCCUGGUUGAGAGGAUGAAGGGAAUCUGUUCCUUCGAGACGCCGGAGUGCCGCCUAGACAUGCUUCACUGUUAGUCCCAGAGCAGCACUGAAGAGUUCAGGGGAGAAAUGCAGAAGGCCGGAAGUAACUUCAGGACAGGAGAACUUCUCUGGCACCUGCGCAUGCUCAGAGAAUGGCCGCCUGCGGCGAGCCUGGGGGAGAUCUUUGGGGAAAAAAAGACGGAAAACGGGCUAUAGAUGAUGUCAGGAGGGCGGAGGAACGGCUCCGCCUAGCCCUGCCAAGCUGGGUGGCUGGCUGUGGCCCGUUGCCAUCGGGCGCCGCAUCACCGUUCCCAAAGACGGCAGCUUUUUUCCCUCCUUGGAAGUUACCGCCCGACAGCGAGCUGUCUGCACCCGCGGCGGCUCUCCUGGCGGGGGUGGGGUGGGGGUGGGGGUGGGGCGAGGGGCAGCAGCCGGACGUCUUCCGCCUCCAGCAGGCCGCGUUUCUGCACCGAGUGAAGCUGCAGGAGGGGCAACUUUCCCUCCCCAGCGGCGGCCCGGCAGCUCAUUCCUCCAGCCUGCGGCUCGGGGUCCGAAGAGAGGGCGCGGAGGCCCCGGGGGGCGGCUUAUCUUCGGAAAGCAGCGCUCCGAGGGCCCGGCUGAGCGCCCCCUCAAGUGCCCCUGGGGAGGGCUCCGGCUCCGAUCCUGCGGGGGCUCCGGUACCAAGAGGUCCGAGCUUCUCACCGCGGCUGCAGCUGCUUUCCUCCGGGCGCUGCCCUGGCCCAAAGCCUGGUCCGGGCGCUGCAUCGCCGCUUCGCGCCCCUGCGGGGGGGCUCCAGGUGGUCACUUUUGGAGGGGCGCGACAUGGCCCGUCGGACUCCCCGAGCGCAGUCUUGUCUCCGUAACUGGCCGCCGGGAGCUGCCCGGGCGCCCUCAGCCCUUCUCUGUAUCUGCCCGCGGUCCGAGGCGUGGCCUGCUCUCCACGCCUCCAGCUCUCCCUCUUCUCUUGGUCCUCCAGCCCUGGCUCUACCCCAGGCUCAGAGAACUGGUCUCUCACCGCAGCCUAACCAGAGGCCGCCUCUGCCUCCGCCUCCUAGUCAGUCCCCGCCCCUCCCCUUCCUGGACUCCCAAUGGCAAGUCGGAGAAGGAGGAGCGAGCAGGGGGCGGAGGGAGAUGGGGAGGCGGAAGGAUGCCGGGAAGAAGAUAACCGCGUGAUGGUCCGAGAGAGGCUCCGGGAAACCUCCCCCGAGACUGGGCAGAAGGGGGCUUCCUUGACGGGCUACGGAGAAAGGGAGCCCGACAUUGGAAAAGGCCCGGCUCUGGCUGGACCGGACCAGGAACCCCCUUCGGACCUCCUUCCGGCGUCCUCCUGACUGGCUUCGGGAAGCAGCGCCAGAGAAAGGACCCAUCGGAGCGCGAGAGCCCCCCUGGAGAUCGAUCUGCUACCCAGAAUGCCCCGCGCGGUACCCUCGCGCCCCUCUCCUGCCUCGCAGAAAGCUCGAAUGCAGAGACCCCGAGGAAAGCGCCGGGCCCCGAGCUGUGUUAGGAGAGAGAAGAGCUGGGAACUGGGGACGCCGGAGGCCCCGGCAGCCUUUUCCGUCUUUCCGAAAGCGAGGAGAUCGGAGCGCCCAAAAGCUUUUCCGGCUUCUGCUCCUUUGCCGACCGGGAACUUUCUCCCACCAACGCCUCCGGCCUCGAGACAAGGCCAGGAAAAGAUGAAGGAGGAGCUUCACCAGAUGGACUCACUGAGGCUACUUUGCUGCCUCUACAGGGAGCCUGGCAUCCCACGGAUGGCCUUGGAGACGGACAGACUCCCAGCCCAGGAGGCUGUGAUGUUCAAGGAUGUGGCUGUGGACUUCACUCGGGAGGAGUGGCGCCUCCUGUCCCCUCCCCAGAAGUUGCUGUACAAGGAGGUGAUGCUGGAGAAUGCCCGGAACCUGCUCUCUGUGGGGCUUCAGGCUCCCUCAGAUGAUGUGUUCUCUUCUUUGGAGCAGAGGGAAGCCCCAUGGAUGCUGGAGCAAGAAGUCCUGAGGAGCUGCUGCCCAGGAGAAAUCAAACCUGAAAUGAAACUGACUCCAACAGAGGUGAGCCUCUCUGUGGAAAAAAUGAACUUACAAAGAUUCAUUAGUGAUGGUCACGAUAACUUUCCUUUCAGAAAAUUCUGUUUUGCACCCCAAAAUUCAUCUCAUAUUGAGCAUCAAAGAAUUCACACUGAGGAAAAAUGUAGUAAAAGUAAUCAGUGCAGAAAAACUUUUAUGCAUAGAGCCACUCGUGUUGGACAUCAGAGAAUGCACAAUGGAGAGAAACCUUAUGAAUGCAAGGAAUGUGGAAAGAAAUUCAGUCAGAGCUGCAGUCUUGCUAAACAUCAGAGGAUCCACACAGGGGAGAAACCUUAUGAGUGUAACCAAUGUGGAAAGACAUUCAGUCGGAGCUGCAAUCUUGCUGUACAUCAGAGAAUCCACACUGGGGAGAAACCUUAUGAAUGUAACCAAUGUGGAAAGACAUUCAAUCAGAGGGCCAAUCUUGCUAGACAUCAGAGAAUCCACACAGGGGAGAACCCUUAUGAAUGCAACCAGUGUGGAAAGACAUUCAGUCGGAGCUCUCAUCUUGCCGCACAUCAGAGAAUCCACACUGGGGAGAAACCUUAUGAAUGCAAGCACUGUGGAAAGACAUUCAAAGAGAACUCCAAUCUUGCCGCACAUCAGAGAAUCCACACUGGGGAGAAGCCUUAUGAAUGCAAGCAAUGUGGAAAGACUUUCAGGUUAAGGUCCAGUCUUGCUGUACAUCAGAGAAUCCACACUGGGGAGAAACCUUAUGAAUGCAAUCAGUGUGGAAAGACAUUCACAGAUAACUCCAGUCUUGCUGUACAUCAGAGAAUCCACACUGGGGAGAAACCUUAUGAAUGCAAGCAAUGUGGAAAGACAUUUACAGAUAAUUCUAAUCUUGCUGUACAUCAGAGAAUCCACACUGGGGAGAAACCUUAUGAAUGCAAGGAAUGUGGAAAGACAUUCAGUCGGAGGUCACAUCUUGCUGUCCAUCAGAGAAUCCACACUGGGGAGAAACCUUAUGAAUGUAAGCAGUGUGGAAAGAUAUUCAGAAAUUACUCCAAUCUUGCUGUACAUCAGAGGAUCCAUACUGGGGAGAAACCUUAUGAAUGCAAUCAGUGUGGAAAGACAUUCAGUUGUAGCUCCAAUCUUGUUGUACAUCAGAGAAUCCACACUGGGGAGAAACCUUAAUAGUAAAAGCUAUGUGGAAAGAUGUUCACAUGUAGCUCCAGUCUUGCUUUUGUGUGAAGGAAAUUUGCCCCCCCCCCCCUUUCUGGGGCAGCAUUCCUUGUGUGCGUGAUGGAAACCAUUGAGUGAGGAUAUAAUGGCAACAGGAAAAAGGCAGCAAUAGAGUUUAGAGAUCAGGAGACGACAACAGGGUGAUGUCUCCUGCAGUGCUCCCUGGAUUUCCACCCAGGCAGCACAGGCAAAAAGGAAAGUUAUGGUUGGCUCCACAGAUGAUAUUUGUGACAGCGGACAGAGAAAAGGUUUCAUAAACUGAGGCAAGAGCAGAUAUCCACCCUGUUUCAGUUUUGUUGCUGGCUGGACUUCACUUUGAGCAUGGCUAAGGUGCCCUAAUGUUGGCCACAAAACAGCAAGCUAAAUGGAGCAACUGGGAAAGUAUCUCCAAUUUUCCUACCUUUCCCCCUACUACCUUAGAUUAAAUAAAAUUAACUGCAGGCCAGUCUCAUUUUCCCUCUUACUAUAUAUGUAUGUAUAUUAUAUACUUAUGCUAUACAAACAGCAGAUAUUCACACUGAACUCUCUCCUUGCUAGUAAAUAAGAUAUUGAUAACAUUAUGAGGUGUAAAAUAUGUAACUUUUUAAUAUUAAAUUCAAAACUAUUUGUAUAAACAAAAUGAAUGCAACCAAGAUUAAAAGUGGAAAUAAGUUAUAAUUUGCUUUACAACCUCAUGUCUAAUUAAAUACUUCAGUUUUUAAAAAUUCUAACCCUAUUCUUGAAUGCCUUAAUUUUUCAUUUUAUGGCAUCUGGAUCUAAAGAGGAGCUAAUUUAGGAAUGAAAUAAUGUCUUUGCUCUAUAGAAAUCACUUGUACUUAGCAUCAUUUCCUUUAUAAGGUUUUCGCAAAAAUUUCUAUAAAACAAAAAUUAAAAGGAAAAAUGAUAUUGUGGGUUUAAAUAUGAAAUAAAAUUAUUGACAUUCCAAUGACA